AUGGAGAUGAACAGCUUCUCGCAAGAAAACAAUGACUUGGAGGCCGGAACUAGGGAUAUUGCCGUUCAGAGCAUCAGCCGUUGGAGGCGAGCAGCAGUUGUGCUAUUUGCUUAUCGUCGAUUUUUGCAAAUCGUAUGCUUGAAAAAGGAAGGAGAAAAAGAGCAGGCUUCAAGCAAAGUCCAUGUACAUGCUGCUGUACAAGCCGAACUCGCUUUCGAAAUAGAGACUGGAGAAGAAGUGAUAGGGACUUCACUGAGACCAACCAGUACUACUGGUGAUUUUGGAAUUGGACGAGAGGAACUUGAUGCCUUAACUAAGAAUGAUGAUGUUGGUAGCCUGGAACAAUAUGGGGGGGCAAGUCCAACACAUAACACCAUCUUUUAUCUUAUGAUCGAAAAGUUAGAAAGCGAAUUGAAAACGAAUUUAAAGGACGGGAUUAACGGGGAAGAUGCUGAUGUGCUGAAACGGAAACGUGAUUUCGGAGCAAACACACAUACUCCGGAAAAAUCAACGAGCUUCUUGACGUGUCUUUGGGAAGCAUGUCAUCAAGAUAUUUCUCUGAUCAUUUUCAUAGUAGUUGCAGUGGCUUCUUCAGUGAUGGGUCUAGCGACAAAGGGUACAAGGCUUGGAUAUUGGGAAGAGGGAGGUAAUGUUGCCGCUGUGGUUAUGGUUGUUAGAGGUGGUAAACAAUUUGAGGUUUCAAUAUGUGAUAUUGUUGUUGGCGAUGUUAUUCCCUUUAACAUUGGUGACCAGGUCCCUGCUUAUGGUAUUUUAAUCACUGCUCGAUCACUCUCCAUAGAUACCUCACGUGUGAAUGGAGCCAACAACAUUGUAAGCCUUCAUGCUUCUUCGGGAGCCUCUCGUUUAAAGCCUGGCUGGAAAAUAGCGGAUGGGAGUGGUACCAUGCUGGUAACGAGUGUUGGGAUAUGUACUAAAUCGGAACUUUCACAAGACAUUGGUAACAAAACAACAUUGGAGGAGGUCUUGAACGUGGUUUCUACUUCCAUUGGUAAUGUUGGACUCGCAGUAGCUUUUAUUGCCGUGAUGGUCGUAUCACUCAGUCCCAAGUUCAUCGGGAUCAAGACUAAACCUAGAGACGUCAUACAGGAAGUCAAUCAAAUUAUAAUCAUUGCUAUUACUAUUGCAGUGGUUGCUGUACCACAAGGGCUUCCCUUAGCUGUUACCUUAACCAUUGUCAGCGCAACAAAAAGAAUGGUGGCAGAUAACGCCUUUGUAUGUGACAUUGCUUACAGGAACGAGGCUUCUAAAUGGAGGCGAUUUGUACAUGCAAAUAUUAUCACGUUUAUGCAGUUGCAGCUUACAAUCAAUGUUGUAGCACUAACUACCAAUUUCACGGUGGCAGUUUUCGAUGGUCACUUCCCAUUAAAUGCUGUUCAGCUUCUCUGGGUGAAUCUACUCAUUGUACCACAAUCAUUGGUUACUAAACCCCCAGUAGAUGAACUGAUGCCAGGACUCCUUAUCGAACCCGGACAACCUCUUAAAAGAUAUAUAAAGUGGAAGAGACUGGUUUUUCAGGGCGUGUACCAAAUUGUUGCCAUUCUUAUCAUCAAUUUUCAAGGACGGAGUUUACUGAAAAGUUAUACCCGCGGUCAUGCCAUCAAAGUGAAGAACACAAUGAUAUUUAACACAUUUGUUGUUUGUCAAAUUAUAAAUAAAUUGGAAGCUCGAAAGAAGGGUAUACUAUCGAACCCAAAGAAGUGGAUUACUUCAAACUAUCUCUUUAUGGGUAUAGCGGGAACAAUUCUCAUAAGUCAGUUUAUCAUCAUUGAGUUUCUAGGGAAAGCGUUCUCCACAGUGGCGCUUAACCUGAAAGAGUGGCAGUUUUCCCUCACUUUUGGUUUUCCCGAGACUUGCCUACACACAAGAACUAGCAAAGCAGUUCAACUCAUACAGGAUUUGGAGCUGUUAAUGGGCAUUACUUGGAGCUGUUAUGAGGAAAGUAAAGCUUCUAAGGGACAAAUUCCUUAUAAUUGA